GUUUUACCGAAGAUUACGAUAUCCGUCGAUAUGCCACCUCUCGGGGGGACAUAGUUUCCCCCCCUUGGUUCCCCUUGGAGGAACGUAGUUUCUUGGCACACAAUUCAGCUACAAUUCGUUUAUAUAAGAAGAAAGCGUUCCUCGAAGCGUUUUUCCAACUCUUUGGCUCGAUUCACAUUGCUCUGAAAAGAGAGAGAGUGCUCCAAAGCAAUUAAUUGUCAAAUCAAUUAAUUGUUUCUGCUCGACGACAAUUCGCAUUGUCGGCGUCGCAUGACAUUCGUCGCCGAACUCGUCAUCGUCCAAAAAUACCGGUCGACGACGGCACGGUCGCGAGGGAAGGCCGGCUUAUCUAGCGAGAGAAUUGUCGAGGAUAACGGUACAUUUCGACGCUACGAUGGAUAAAACAAAGUUAGUAAGCAACGACCUGGAGCUGCCGCCGUUGCGCAGUUUGGACGAUUUCCUCCUGGAGUCCGCGCGCUUCCAAAUACCAAAUCUGAAGGAUUUGGAAAAGUGGGGCAACCGGGUAGUCAACAAUCUCCUAUACUACCAGACUAAUUACUUGUUUAUGUCUGUCAUCAUUUUUCUUAUUGUUGGAUUGUUGCAUCCUGUGAAAAUGUUGGUUGGCAUGUUGGCGAUGACGGCGAUCUUGGUUACAUUUGCCUAUGUUUCUAUGGAAGGAAGUACAAUACAUAAUUUCAAAAGGCAGUAUCCCGUGGUUGGAGUAUUGUUUAUAAUAUUUGCUGGAUGUUUUAUAACAUAUACUUUGGGAUCUCUCCUAGUUUUCUUGCUGGGCAUUCUAUUACCUUUCUGUGUAACGUUUGUACAUGCUUCGUUGAGAUUAAGGAAUAUCAAAAACAAAAUCGUCAAUAAGAUCGAGGGAAUUGGUUUGAAACGAACUCCAAUGGGUGUAUUUCUGGGACAUCUUGAAGACGUAACUGGUAUGACCUUGCGCGCACAGACAUCACUCAUGCAAUCGCCUCACUAAUAUUUUGCUUUGCACAUCAAGUUCUGUUAAAUUGACAAAAAUCAAUGUCGAUAAUCAUUAAUAUUCGCUGCCACUGCUGCUCUAAUUGGAUUAGUGUCUCGUGCAGUGUUACGUUGAAAUAAAUUUGUAAUAUUUUUAGAAUAUAAUUUGAGGGCUAUCUACGGGAAAAAAUGAUCUACCUAAUAUGAUUUUUAAUUAUGUUAAUUGUUUAGUAAAAUCAUCAUGUUACAAUACCAAAUAUUUGUUUGCAGCAUCAAAUAUUGAAUUUAUAUAUUUAUAUUAAGAAUUGUUAUUUUUUCUUGUGAUUUUUAUUAAGAUUGUUUAACAAAGAAAUAGCUAUUUUUUAAUGCUAUAUACAACGAAUAAUAUCCUAGCAUAUAAUACAUGCUAGAUAUACAUAUAUGUGAUAUCCAUAUUUAAAAAGCAAA